GACCUUUGUGUUUGUGCGCUGGAACGCUGCAUGAAGCUGCUGCGUCUUCUAUGCACACGAAUAUUCAAGUGUUAACAAUAAAGUGCUUGCCGGCUAAGCUGUACAGUUAAUAAACUCAUAUAACCAAGAGGAUAUAUUUUAUUUCAACGGGUCGUCCACUUUGCCUUUGAGGUAGUUCUUUUCGGAAAAGCGUACCAAACCGAACCGAGACACUAAACUCUGGCCAAAAAGUAGAAAUGGAUAAACCAGAUUGUAAGUAUGGCGCCAGUUGCUAUCAAAAGAAUCCCGCUCACAAGGAGAAAUACGCACAUCCGGUAAAAGCUACAACAGAUGCGCCAACGGCAGAAGCGUCGGUUCUGCCGGACGAUGGCACGAUCAACAAGCGAGCUGGAGCAAACAUCGAACAGGAGCUGGAGGACAUUAAACGAUGCAAACGUCCUCCGACGCCAGAGAGGGAUGAGGAUAAUACUGAGGCAGCAGACGCUGGUUCCGAGUAUCAUGGCAUGUCGCGUCAACGCUACACCCUGCCAACGGUUCCGAUGAGCGUGGGAAUGAUGAGCGAUCUGUACGAUCCACAGAUCGAAUAUUCCAAGCAGGCCGAGUACAAGGAGCUGUGUGAAGAUCCGAGAAAAUUCAUCAAACACAAGUUUCUUGUCGAAAUGGCACCGUGUUUCGACAGCUUGUGGGAGUUCUGCACAGCACAAGGGGCGAAGGCAAACACCAAGCCGGAAGAUGUAUUUUUGCCGUUUGGACUGCUGCUGGUGGGACCGUACGAUGCACUGGCUGGAAAGUUUAAGGAUGUAAAAAUUCACGAACCAGGCGACUAUCUACGUCACUGGCGUUUCUACUUCGAUCCGCCAGAGUUUCAAACGGUAUUCAUUCAGAAGGGAACGGGUAUGCACUACGGAUACUGGAGAGACAGCCCGGACGAUGUGGAUGGUUUGGUGGCUUGCAACGACGUGAAAAAGGGUUGUGAGUUUAAAAUAGUUGGCGAAAACUUGUUCGAUGGUCUCCUGCACUAUUUGGAAAACGUCGUAACUGUAACUCCAUUCAACAAAAGCAAAAUAUUGGACAUGAAAAAGCAAAUCAAUGAUUGGGCGCAGCAAAAAGGCAUCCGCCUGAAAGCUAGCGACAAGCAACAGGCUCGCAACAAACUCGUCGUUUGUAAAACUUUCCACAAGGUUGGGCUGGUUGUACCUUACGACAGAAAGCAAGAUGUAGGGUAUAGGCCACUGCUUGAGAGUGACGCCAAACUGCGCAGAAUUCUUUCCAAGUUUGACAAACUUGAUCGAUCGGCGAACAUGGACCAAUAUCAGGAGGCAAUGAAAGAGCUGCAGCCCAUAAUAACGGCCGCCAACCUGGCAGUGGACGAAUGUGACUUCGGAACGAUGCUUGAACUUGCGCUGGAUUUGUUCUGCUCGGGUGCGAAAAGUUUGACCGAAGUGAUGAAGCCUCUCUUUUUUACCGGCUACUCCAUGGCUAAGCGUCCACAGUACAUAGCCAUCAUUAAGUCCCAUUUGGAUAAGCGUUCGGAGGGAAUUUGUUUGGAUCUGCUGGCGAACAAUUAAGUAAUGUGUAAUGAAGACUUUUCUUCCAAUUGCCUCGUACCGAUGUCCCUGGAGGCUUAAUUAAAUUUAAAACAGUUAA